UCCAAACAAACAACCAGGAAGAAAUUUAACCUGUUUGAUAUUGAUACAAAAUGACAAUUGUGUGGUGAAGAACCUGAAACAGAAAGUCAUUUUGACCUCAAGUGUCCGUUAGAUUUAGUUCGUGGUGCAGUUCUUCCAGGAAAAGAUAUAUUCACGCUAGAAGCGGUUCUCCUAAUAAGGAGAGAAAGUCCAUACAGAAACAGAAACAGAAUGGCGGAAGCUUACACCACUGGAGAUGGUGACCAAUCUGUAUCAGAAGAGGUCAAAAAGUGGGAGUCGGAGGCUGCGCAAGGCAAUGAUGACAGUCAGUUUAAACUUGGCACACACUUCCUGAAACUUGCUGACUCCAAAGAUGGCGCAGAGAGAAAUGAAUAUGGCAGAAAGGCGGUCCGGUGUUUUGUUACAGCAUCCAUUCAAGGAAAUAAUGGUGCCACCAUCAAACUCAAGGGUUUGCUUGAGGAUGAGAGCUCAUGGAUCAAUGAUGACAACAAAGAGGAUGUCAUCUGGUGUGUGUCUAACUCAAACGUUGAGAAAACGAUCCGCUUCGCUGCUCGGGCACUGUUUCUCAAGAUCAAUACCACCGAUAAAGACGUCAUCUCAAUUAAAGAGUAUAAUGACGCUAUCAGGAAAAUGACCAGAGGACAGGAGAAAAGGCUGCUUCUAGCUGCUGGGAAGAAUAUAGGAGACAACAUAUCAGAGACGGAGUUUGUGAAGCUUUUGUCGCAGAAAAUACAGGGCACUAUGACCUUGACAUGGUCAGAAAGGUCAUCGGCAUUUCAAGUUGCAAGUCUUUGGGAAAAGAUUGCAAAGUACCCCAAGGAGACAGCCGCUGUCGUUGGCGAAUCUGCCCUGGAGUUUGCGUCUAGUGAUGGGCUCCGCGUGGUUUCCAGGUGCAUACCCAAAGAUCAAAUCUACUUAUUGACCCUUUUCUUCAUCUAUGGCUUCAUAACACCGAAAUUUGUAUGGCUCAUCCUGCCAUUAGGAAUUUUCUACAUAUCAUAUGCAACGCUUAUCACCACAACUAUGCAAAUGCUCUAUAAGAAAAUGAAGCUCAAUGAAGCUUCCGCUUUUGCCAAAAUGUUACAUCGUUAUUACGUUCGUGUUGACGUUGAUCAAACUCAGUCUCAAUACGCGUGGAAUUCUCUUACACCAUAUGGGUGGUAUUUGGUUGCUAUCUCUGUAGUUGUGGUAAGUUUUUCAUUGGCUGACAAAAUGUAUAUUCCCUGCUCGGAGCUGUGUGUUCUAAACUCCGUGAUCUGCGGCAUUUGUUUGGUAUACAUCAGCGACAUAAAUGAUCUUUUUACCUGGCUAGUCUUUUUCUGUAACAUUCUCUCAAGUUUGCCAGUUUUCCUUCAGAAUUUCCUUCAGAAUUUCCCGAAAGUCCCAAUUUUGACAACCAUUAUCAAUGUCUUGUCAGGAAAUCUGUUUUCUGUAGAUCUGUACGCUGGCUUGAAAUUAAAUGUUGGCAUACCAUCUAUUUGUUACAGUCUGAUUCCUGUUUUCUUUAUUCAAAUGGCGAUAAGAAAGUCCUUCUCUGGUAUGUACAGGCUAGCUUUACCGCAUUUGGUGUGCUAUUUCUGGUUUGAGCUGAUAACUACGAUGUACCCUUUCACGACAUGGAUCGGCCUUGGAAGAACUACCGUAGGUUAUCUCAUUAUUCCGUUAUUAGUACCUCUAAGCAUGAUUCUGUUUCUGAUUGGCUUAGCUUAUCUCUUCAUCAAAAUGCUUUCGUCUGACAUGUUCGGAAAGAUUGUGAUUACGCUUUUGCUCGCUUGUAUUCCGAUUUUGCUUACCCAGACAAAGAAAUUAAUCGGUGGUAAGUUUGAUAAACGGUUUGGAGUGCUCAAAAAGAUUUUGAUGAUUAUGUUCGCAAUUCUGGCUAUAAUUCCUCUGAUAUUUGUUCGAUUUUCACCAACUAAAGAAACCCAUCAUGGGCAACUGUCUGCGGAGAGAUUUAAGUCUGUUUGCGACGCAGAUAUGGAGAGUUUUAUGAACUGCCAUGCUCUAAAGGGUACACAAGUUGUCUGGAACGGUACAGUGACAAACUUGAAAGUCACGUCUGUAACAAACGAGGUCAAUUCAAUGUUGGACAUUUUUCCGAGCUUUGUCUCUAAACCCUUAAGAAGCAUUUACGGCAAACGAUAUGAUUGUGAUGGUGAAGAUUUAAAUGCCCAUGGUAAAGCUUACUGUAGUCUGAUGGUUGACCUUGGCUAUCUGUUUGGCUUAGAAAAUUAUGACAAGUUUGCAUAUAACAUUGGAGUAGAACUUUCAAAUAACAUGGGUGCGGUUGUUAAUGCAGGAUCUGGCUUUAAGAACACAUUUCUGGCUCUUAAAAUAGGAGAUGAAUUGGAAAUCAAGGCUACUAUAGCUGAUGCUCUAGCGAGGCCCGUAACACUGCAACUAAUGAAACUUAAGUGCCUGAAUCGAGAUAUAGAUGCGAAAGAGGAUGAAGAGGAUGAUCAGGAUUUCUAUAAUGAUAUGUUGCAAGAGGCUUUCAGUGUGGCGUUCAAUUUCUUCUGGCAUCCUUUGGUAGAGUUUGUUCCUCAGACAACUAAAAUGGAAGAAAUAACUGAAUAGAUUAUGGUUUGUUUCCGAGGGGUUUUAUGUUCAUUUAAUUUUUGACUGAAAUUAUAACAUGUUUCUUAGUGUAACACUAUAAUUAGAUGCAGUCGAGUUUGAACGUUAGAUUACUUACAUCAUAGGAAAUAAUGGACUGAGCUCUGAACAAUUGGUUUAAUUCUUGCAUUCUGCUGAGUGGUACAAAGUGAGUCUAGAAGAGUAUCUUUAGCUGACUAUUAAAUUGAAAUACAUUGUGAAUGAUGUCCCAGUGAUUGAUAGGUAACAGCACAGUGUAAGGCAGGGAUGACAGGGGACAGCAUGUGUCCAAUUGCUUGAGGAAUAUCUUAGUCUUUAUGUCUUAUCUUGAAUUACGUUCUGGAUGCACUGUGAUUUCUCUUAUUAGAUAGAACUGGAUAGAAAUAGAAAUAUCACAAAUAAGCGUAAAUAGCCUGUAUACUCAAUUUUAGGGAGUUUUUUUUCUAUUGAUAAUGACUUUCCAAUAGAACAAAAAUGUCUUCUGUCUCAAUGUUUCAAAGAUAAGAAUAUUGGUGCAACUAUAUAUGAACAGAGCAGAAACAGAUCUUACAGUUUGACAUUAGAAGGCAUUAUAAUGAUGUCAUAGAUUGACGUAAGCGGGAAUAACAAUAGUUGAUGUGAUAGUUUGACGUAAGCGGGAAUUAUGUAAUGUUUGAUAGUUUUACGUAAGCGGGAAUUACAUUGUGUGAUGGGAUAGUUUGAUGUAAGCGGGAAUUACAAUUUAUGAUGUCAUAUUUUGAUGUAAGCGGGAAUUACAAUGUAUUAUGUCAUAUUUUGAUGUAAGCGGGAAUUAUAAUGUAUGAUGUCAUAUUUUGAUGUAAGCGGGAAUUACAAUGGAUGAUGUCAUAUUUUGAUGUAAACGGGAGUUACAAUGUAUGAUGUCAUAGUUUAAAGUAAUAUUUCAAUGAUUUUAAGCCGUUUUAUGUAACAAAAUAUAUCCCGUUACAACCAAUACUAAUUUAUUACAAGAUUUGAUCGUUCGAUACGGUCUUUGAUAAGAUGUCCCCUAUAUUAACAAUAAGUAUCUGUUAGAUGACAUGAAAUAAAUCGUAAUUAUUUUAAAUGGGCGAAUUAGUGUAGCGAACAAGCCCUUCUUAAACAUUAAUAUAUUGUCUCAGGUCAUUUAACUGACUAAGAAUACAACCUCAUUGGCUGGCACAUUAUCGACGCGAAAUCUUACGCAGGGAUAGUGUAUUAGAUGGGUGACAUAAGGUGGACCUUUAAACACCUGCAUAAGUAGAUUUUUUAAUGAUUAAACCUAAUAUUAUGAUUGCCUAUCUGCAAUUUCAUUGGCUGAAAAUGAAAAUUGUAUUCGAAAAAACUAGACUGAAUUAGUUUUUUCUCAAUUGUGUAAGUAAGGUUAUUAGCGAUGUAACUUAUUAAAACUAAAUUGUAACAGUACACAUGUGUAAAAUUUGUUUUUGGCUUUUUGUUGGCACUGUACUGGAACUAUAGUUAAAAUAUAAUCAAAUGCAUGAUAAUUUUAAAAUGUUUUGAAGUGUAGGUAAUCACUGUUGUUUUUUUUGUUAUCUUGUUUCGAAGGUUGUAACUUACCGCAGACAACAUUCUGUGAUAGAACAAAAUUUCGAACAAUUUAUGUACUUGAUCGAUAAAACAUUUCAUAGCAUUUCAAUAAAGACAUUCUAUAAAUUUGUCCAUUUUUUCUGUGUUAAUUUUUUAGCAUUACAUAAAUAUAUUUACUGAGUGUAAUUUGUUCACAAUAUGCAAUUAUGUAAUGUCUGUUAUAUAAAUAUCUUAAUAAUCGUUUUCUACUAUUUGCAAAGGUUUUAUAUGCAAUUACAAGUAUAUUAUUUUUCUACAUGUGAUGAUAUUGUUAUUUACUGAAAUCAUAUACUCUAUAUUGGUGUUGAUGUAUCAUAUUUUGUAGAUCUAGCAAGGGUAAGGGAUUGUUUGAGUGUUUAUUUGAAUUGUUACUAUACAAUAAUUAGUCGCGAAGCAUGACACGCAGAAAUGGAUAAUUGAGUAAAUAUGACGUUAGCAAACACUAUGACAUCACAGUUUGUUGUUACUAAAUAUAGAAAAGUGGUUCCCAUAGUGUGACGUUUAGUUGAAAUUUAAUCAAAUGAGUGUUAAUCUUAACACGUUAUGAAGUGUAGGUAUUCACUAUAUUUGUUUUGUUAUCUUAUUUGAAGGUUGCGCCUCAGAGAGCAUUCUAUGAUAGAACAAAUUUUCGUUGAAUUUAUAUCCUUACAAAUAAAACAUUUCAUAGCAUUCCAUAAAGACAUUUUAAAAAAUUGUCCAUCUUUUCUGUGUUAGUUUUUAGCAUCACAUAAUUUUAUACACUGAGUGUAAUUUGUUCACAAUAUGCAAUUAUGUAAUGUCUGUUAUAUAUAUUUCUUAAUACUCGUUUUCUACUAUUUGCAAAGGUUUUAUAUGCAAUUACAAGUAUAUUAUUUUUCUACAUGUGAUGAUAUUGUUAUUUACUGAAAUCAUAUACUCUAUAUUGGUGUUGAUGUAUCAUAUUUUGUAGAUCUAGCAGGGGUAAGGGAUUGUUUGAGUGUUUAUUUGAAUUGUUACUAUACAAUAAUUAGUCGCGAAGCAUGACACGCAGAAAUGGAUAAUUGAGUAAAUAUGACGUUAGCAAACACUAUGACAUCACAGUUUGUUGUUACUAAAUAUAGAAAAGUGGUUCCCAUAGUGUGACGUUUAGUUGAAAUUUAAUCAAAUGAGUGUUAAUCUUAACACGUUAUGAAGUGUAGGUAUUCACUAUAUUUGUUUUGUUAUCUUAUUUGAAGGUUACGCCUCAGAGAGCAUUCUAUGAUAGAACAAAUUUUCGUUGAAUUUAUAUCCUAACAAAUAAAACAUUUCAUAGCAUUCCAUAAAGACAUUUUAAAAAAUUGUCCAUCUUUUCUGUGUUAGUUUUUAGCAUCACAUAAUUUUAUACACUGAGUGUAAUUUGUUCACAAUAUGCAAUUAUGUAAUGUCUGUUAUAUAUAUUUCUUAAUACUCGUUUUCUACUAUUUGCAAAGGUUUUAUUUGCAAUUACAAGCAUAUUAUUUUUCUACAUGUGAUGACAUUGUUAUUUACUGAAAUCAUAUACUCUAUAUUGGUGUUGAUGUAUCAUAUUUUGUAGAUCUAGCAGGGGUAAGGGAUUGUUUGAGUGUUUAUUUGAAUUGUUACUAAACAAUAAUGAGUCGCGAAACAUGACACGCAGAAAUGGAUCAUUAAGUAAAUAUGACUUAAGCAAACACUAUGACAUCACAGUUUGUUGUUGCAAAAUAUAGUUAAGUGGUUCCCAUAGUGUGACGUUUAGUUAAAAUUUAAUCAAAUGAGUGUUAAUUUUAACAAGUUUGGAAGUGUAGGUAAUCACUCUUUUUGAUUUCUUAUCUUUUUUUGAAGGUUGUAACUCCGACAAUAUUUAGCAAUAGAACAAAAUUUCGAAGAAUUCAGAAACUUAUAAAUAAAACAUUAAUGAGUAUUUGAAUCAAGACAUUUUUAUGAAUUUGUCCAUCUUUUCUAUAUUAGUUUUCUUAGCAUUACGUAAUUAUAUAUACUGAGUGUAUUUUGUUCACAAUAUGCAAUUAUGUAGUGUCUGAUAUAUGGUUUCGUUUUCUACUAUUUGCAAAGGUUGUAUAAGCAAUUACAAGUAUAUUAUUUUUAUUAUGUGUUAUUUUUUAGCAUGUGAUGACAUUGUUAUAUACUGAAAUUAUAUACUCUAUAUUGUUGUUGGUCUAGCAUAUUCUGUAGAUCUACCUGGGGUUGGGAUUGUUUCAGGAUUGUUGGGGUGUAUAUUUGAACUAUUACUAAAGAACAAUGAAUCGCGACACAUGGCACGCAGAAAUGGAUCAUAAAAUAUAUAUAACGCAGGCAAACAGUAUGACACCACAGUUUCUUGUUACUAAAAUACAACAGUGGUUGCCAAGGUGUGAUCUUUAUGAAAUAUUAUAAAAACUUAAAAGGUAAU